AUGCCCCCAAAGAGAAAGUCCACCGACGCGCCAGGCCCGGCGAAGAAGUCGCGCGCAGCCUCCCCAUCACUAGACGAGGAAAAAGACCCUGAGAUAACAAAAAUUCUCAACAAGCGCUGGUCUCGCGUUUCUGUAACACGCAAUGCAGACGAAGGUUUCAGACUCGACAAUCGCGAUCCAGUCAAGGCUUUUACCUUCACCUGUUUUGGUCGCGCACCUUGGUUUUUCCCCGGGUACGAGGAUGACGAGGAAAACGAUUUAGACGAGAGCGACGAAGAAUUGGAAGACUAUGAAAAGGAGGAAAUGGAGGAGAAGAGAAAGAACAAGGAGGAAGCAAACCCCGCGUCUAUACUCAAGCCUGCUGCUGAGUUCCCGGAUGAGAAGUGGAUUUUCACCCACGCUGGGAUUCGCAGGUUCUCUGCCUAUACUGCAUCUACUACCGUGCGGGAUGCGGAGAAUUUCGGCUUGCAGGUCUACAAUGAUUCUUAUGGCUAUGGGAUCAUAGAGUUGGUUGAGAAUAUGCUUGUCGAUUUUGAGGAGGUUAAAGCCGAUUGGAAGAAGCAGUGGGCUGUCUGUGAAGGUGUUGCAAUUUACAUGCAGGGUGAUACUAUCAUGCCUAUGAUUGGUUGUGAAUGUGGGGAUGAGGUCAACGAGCUGUGUCAUGCUGUUGUUGACAUGUUCCUUUCCUUGCUCGCUCAGUUGGAGCGAAAGGAUUUGCUGAAACCUGACUCCGAAAUCAAGAACAUUGGCGCUGUAAUGGGCUUGUUUAUUCGCUUCAUCAUUGACGUUGAGGGCUCUGGUAUUGACUGGGAGGAUCAUGAAUUCAAGAUCAAGGCAUAUGCGGCCAAGCACGAUAUCACGAUCCAUGGUCUGACUGGAAAGAGAUAUACGACACCGGCCAAGGAGGGUAUCGAGCUUCCAGCGGCUACAGACAAAGACCCUUGGGGUUGGAACAAACUCUUUGGGAGUCUCCGGAAGGAGAAGGGUAAACACUUUGGCGGCGAUAGCACAGAUAUUACCUCGUGGACACCUGCGGAGCGCAAGAACCAUGCCUAUGGUAGAAAGGAUCCUUUCUCGGCGAAAGACCUUGCAGAGAUCAAAAAGGGCGGUAUCAUAGGCCCGGCUUAA